UAUCUCCACACUCGCUCCUGCGCUCCCAUUUGAGCGGGACGUGCUGCCCUGCUGCUGCAAAGGAGUGACAGCCAGCCACACCGGGACGCGCUCUAGGACUUUUCUCAAAGGGGACCAAACAACAAAUCAUCCUGAACAUCAUUUUAGAUUCCACUUUUACCAAAAAGAUGCAACAAAACUGAGGAAAAACCUACAUGAGAUGAAAUGUACUCUGACCCAAAAGACAGAAAAACAUAAAAGUCUAACUUGAGCCAUCACAAUCCCAAUCACACAAUCUUUAGAAAUAUCAAGACUCAAUCAUGUCCAAGGAUGAUGCCUGCAAAGUCACAUCUGCCAGCAAGCACAAGGAGCGCAAGCCUAAGAAGCCCCACUACAUCCCACGGCCGUGGGGCAAACCCUACAACUACAAGUGCUUCCAGUGCCCCUUCACCUGUAUGGAGAAGUCUCACCUGUACAAUCACAUGAAGUACAGCCUGUGCAAGAACUCUUUGUCUCUCCUCAUCGAGUCAGACUGGCCUUAUAAAAAGGGCAACAUCCUGCACCCAGACCAGCUCAGACCCUUUCAGCAGGCGCAUGGUCUACAUGCUAACGGGAAAGACGAGCUAGAGCAGGUAAUGCGUGCUGACGAGAGGCAGCAGGGGCAGCGGAGGUCGAUGGUGGAUGAAGGCGAAGGCAGGGAAAGUCAGGGACCAGAAGAUGAAGAAGAGGGAGGACGAGGAGAGCCAGUAGAAAUCACUAAAGAAAGCUCCAGUGGCAACAGCAGGGGAGAUGCGGUCGAGUGUGCCACCAAGAAAACCAAACAGCCAGAGUCGGAGCUUCUCAUGGCCGACAUGCUCUCCCUUGAAGAUCAGCUUUUACGAGCACGCUCUGUGGAGGUGGAGGCCCAGCUGAGACACUACAAGCUGUCAAAGACAUGUCUAACGGCUCCUGGGCUUCUGUCGGAGCAGUGGCGACUGCUGGCGUCCAGCCACACGAAGGCCAAAGCAGAAGGUGCUCAGCCCCGAGUGAGUAGCUCAAUCCCCUGUUACCCUCCUCCACCUAACCUGGUGGACUACCAGGAUCCCACUGGACUCAACCUGUCUGUGCUUGGUGUAGGUUACCCCAUCAGCCCCAGCCUUUUCUCCUACAUGAACUCAGCUAUUCCCGCUGCAGCCUCCGGUGUCUCUGCACAGACUCAUGCACAGCUCGCCCAGCUUCCCUUCCUGGCAUCGGCAGCUCAGCUGAUACACCCGGCCUCCAGCGCACACACAGACAGAGCUCUCCUGCCCCCUCGUCUCUACUACCCCUUCCUGUGUGAGCAUACGUUUGGAUCAGCUUCUAGUCAGAGCGAUGCUAGUAAAUCUCUCAAGACGUCGGCAAACAGUCUAGAAGCAAGUUCAUUGUCCGGCUUCCAGCCUAAAGUCAGUCUGUGGAAAGUGCCUGCUUUACGUCCAGGAACUGCUGUUUCCCCUGCUGGCUGGGUGUCACCCCAAAGAGACUCCCCCGACCAGGGAUACAGAUUGGGAGAUAAACUGCAGGCUACAGCCAAGGAAGGGAAAGCAAGCUGGGGUCUCAAGAGGACGGGAGCUGCACUGAGAAACCCUGAUGCACCUGUGGAGAAGAAGCCGAACAUGGGCUUCACUUUGGACCUUCUGAAGAAUAUUCAAAGUGCAUCGAGUCUCAAUAUGGCAGCAGACAAGCUUCUCCUCCAGAACAGUUUACAGGAUGCUCAGCUUCAGACUCGGCCCACUGAACUGUGGUACAAUGAUCCUCUCACCAGCCCCAACAGUGAAAUCUCCUCUCUUUCAACCUACGGGGGACCCAACAGCCAAGACCAGACAGCUGCCAGGACAGUCGGGGAGGGGGCUUCCGAGUCAGUAGCUGCUCUCCUUAGUGACCUCUCCAAGGCGCUGCAGGAGUACCAGGAGGCCGAGCGCAAGAUCUCGCACCUAGAAAAAGAAGACCUUCCUGCCCAGCGACACCUCUGGGAACACCUCAACAAAAUCCGCAGCGAGCUCUCCCACAUUCACCAGGCACUAGAGCGAACAGCUCGGCAGAGUGACGGGCCUCUGGACUUGUCGGUUAAAAGGGACUCGACAGAAUCAGUCGGCGAGCAGAGCAUUAGAGAGGACGGCUGCGUCAGAGACAACACAACAGAGACGGAGGAGGAGGAUGAGGAGUUGGAUGAGAAAAGGGAGGAAGAAGAGGAUGAGAGCGAGAGGAAGGUGAUGAAGGCUUCGCUGGAGAGUCGAAAGCAGUCGCUGGACAUGUUGAUCAAGAUGAGUCAGGCGUCGGUGGCGAACACAGAGGUUCUGUCUCCCGGUGGUGUCGGACUGAGGCCCAGUCCAGCUGAGGCCUUGUGGCCGAGCAGAACCACUAAGUGUGAGGCCGACUCCAGCGUCCUGCUCUGCCCUGACGGCCGGUCAGUCGUGUUCGCCGACAUCCCCUCCUCCGCCAAACCCCCAAAGAGACCCCCGUCUAUACAGCGACUGGAGGCUCAGUGUCCUCCGAGCCCUUUGACAGCUGCUGACAACUAAACCUCUGUUGUUCUGACUGUAAAAUAACUGAUUCCACACUGCUGCUUAAAUGCAAUUGUCUUUAUUAUUACUGGCAUGCCUUUGAGUUUCAUCGGCUGGAAGAAGACUGUCACUCCUAUUCUAAGUUUACCUUCACAAAAACAAAACUUUUGCACCUUAUGAGACAAGCUGAGAAUGAAUGAAAAUGUGAAAGAAGGUUUUUCUAAUGCACUAUAAGGACAUUGAUUGUUACAAUAAGGUCCUCCUUAAAAUACAACAAUUGAACAAUUAAGUCCAUUAAAAACAUGCUGAGAGACAAUCCUUUGAAUGGAUUUGUAAAUACUGUAAUGACAAUAAAUGUAAUUAAUGUAAAAUGUUUAAAUGGUAAUGUUUUUAUAUGGAUGAUGUGAUGUUGGGCUGCAUCAUUUUACUUGAUGGAAAUAAAAUGUAUUAUACACACUGUG